AUGGCAGACGCCGUGGAGACGGACAUUGAUAGCGUCAAGUCGGCCGUAGCUGCGGCCUCACUCUCGGAUGGAGCCCCAUCGCGCCGGAGCAGUGGUCCGCCCGAGCCCAAGAAUGUCUUGAAUGGGGCUAUUGUUGCUGAGCCCAUCUUCCCCCCGCUGCACAAUGCCGGCGCUGAUGCCGAUUCGAUUGCGGGCGCUUCGCCCCCCUCGCGCAAUGGCGCCGGCGGUGUUGCCGAUGAUAACGACGAGGAAGAGCCUGCUGUGGCCCGCCCUUUCCAGCGUACCUCGAGCCCGGAACCUUCCUCACGUCCAGGCUUGGGAAUCAAGUUAGGAUUGGCCGCUGAGGACGAUGAUGACGACGGCGAUGACGACGGUGAGGGAGGUAACGGCGAAAGGCCCAACGGCGGCCGCCAUGGCCCAGGCCCGCGCCCCAGGCAGAUGCAAAAGAUGCACCGCUACAGCCUGUACGAGACGGCGAGCCGCUUCUACAUCGUCGGCGGCGACGUGACCGAGAAGCGAUAUCGCAUUCUCAAGAUCGACCGCACCAACGAUGACGCCUCUGAACUGAGCAUCACCGACGACAAGACCGUCUACACGCAGAAGGACAUGAACCAGCUGCUCGACACCAUCGACGACGGCAACAAGGGCACGGGCGGCUUGAAGCUGCGCUGCACCACCUGGGGCCUCCUCGGCUUCAUCAAGUUCACAGGUCCCUACUACAUGCUGCUCAUCACCAAGAAGAGCACCGUUGCUAUGAUCGGCGGGCACUAUGUCUACCAGAUUGACGGCACUGACCUGAUCCCCCUGACGUCGCCCAACUUCAAGAUGGACCAGCGCAACACCGAGGAGUCGCGGUUCCUGGGCAUCCUGAACAACCUGGACCUGACCCGGUCCUUCUACUACAGCUACUCAUACGAUAUCACCCGCACCCUUCAGCACAACAUUUCGCGGGAAAGGGCUGCCUUGAUCAAUGGCCAGCCCUGUGCUGCUGACGACGACCUCAACUCCAUGUUCGUCUGGAACAACCACUUGCUCCAGCCCGCUGCCAGGGUUCUCAACAAGCCCUACGACUGGUGCAGGCCCAUCAUCCACGGUUACAUUGACCAGGCGGCCGUGUCCGUCUACGGGAGAACGGCCCAUAUCGCAAUCAUCGCCCGCCGCAGCCGAUACUUCGCCGGUGCCCGCUUUCUGAAGAGAGGAGCCAACGACCUUGGAUACGUCGCCAACGAUGUCGAGACGGAGCAAAUCGUGUCCGAGGCCCUGACUACCUCAUUCCACGCGCCGGGCCCCAAAUUCUUCGCCAACCCUGCAUACACGUCAUACGUGCAACACCGCGGCUCUAUACCGCUGUACUGGACCCAGGACAACACAGGCGUCACCCCGAGACCGCCCAUAGAGUUGAACCUGGUGGACCCCUUCUACACAGCUGCAGCACUUCAUUUUGACAACCUCUUUGAGCGCUACGGGGCUCCCGUCUAUGUCCUGAAUCUGAUCAAAGCCCGAGAGCGAACCCCGCGCGAGAGCAAGCUGCUGGAAGAAUACACCCGAGCCAUCGAGUACCUCAACCAGUUCUUACCUCCCGGCCGCCAGAUCAUCCAUCGAGCAUGGGACAUGUCGCGCGCCGCCAAGAGCCGCGAUCAAGACGUCAUUGGCACCCUUGAGUCCAUCGCCGAGGACGUCGUGAGGACGACUGGCUUCUUUCAAAACGGAGACGGCCACACCUCGGAGAUCCGAGUGCAGAACGGCGUGGCGCGCACAAACUGCAUCGACUGCCUGGACCGGACGAAUGCCGCCCAGUUCGUCAUUGGGAAGCGGGCACUCGGCCACCAGCUCCACGCCCUCGGCAUCCUGGGCGACACGACGAUCCACUACGACACCGACGCCGUCAACCUCUUCACCCACAUGUACCACGACCACGGGGACACCAUUGCCGUGCAGUAUGGCGGGUCCCAGCUGGUCAAUACCAUGGAGACGUAUCGCAAGAUCAACCAGUGGACCAGCCACUCGCGUGACAUGAUUGAGAGCUUCAAGCGCUACUACAACAACUCGUUCCUCGACGGCCAACGGCAGGAGGCAUACAACCUAUUCCUUGGCAACUACAUAUUCGCUCAGGGCCAGCCGAUGCUGUGGGACCUCGCCACGGACUACUACCUCCACCACGAAGACCCCCGAGCCUGGCUGGAGAAGCGCAAGCGCGAUUAUAUCAACUGGUACACCCCCGAGUUUCUCGAGCCCCGCGUGCUCCCACCCUACCCGUGCACCACAAAAGCAGCCAUCAGCAAACCUGUCUCUGCCUACGACGACUACUGGCUCGAGUACUACCGGCCCUCCACCCUCUCCUCCUUCCUCAAGAUGUUCCCUUACAAAAUGAACUCAACCAUCAAAUACAUCCCCUUCAAGUCCACCCAGGACGGCCGCUACGACCUCAGCCCGUUUCGCGUGCGCACCGAUUCAGCCGACGGCGACGCCCAAGACAGAAAAAGGGCCAAAAAAGAAGUCACCAUUGUCGCACCGCGCGACCUGGCUCGCAUCGCCGACCACGCUGAGGCGUCGUCCGUCUACGAGAAGGCGCCCAGUCCCAGUACGAACGGUGGCGGUUCAGGUAGUAGCAACCCCGACACCACCAGCGCCAACCGCGGCAUCUCCCUGCACCGCUGGCUGCAGCAGGGCGGCACCCCCCACCCGCACCACCACCACCACAAUGGCAUCAUGAAGGACACGGCCGCUUUCACCAACCACAGCGGCGGCAGCACAACCGAACAACCACCUAAGUCCUCCCACCACGCUACCAACAACUCGGAGCCAGGACAAGGGCAUAAACAGACCCCGCUGGAAAAAUCCCGCGCCGCGCAGUGGACUUUUGCCCAGGUCGUCCACUCGAGCCUGAACCCGUCCGUCUCGGCGGCCGAGGCCGACGACUACGCCCGCUACGUCAGCCACCCGCAGAACCUGCCGCUGGUCGUUUCGGCCGAGCUCCCCGCCGACAACGAGAUUGAGCCCGAAUACCUCGAGUACGUCAACAGCGGCUAUGGCUAUGGCAAGUCCAACUCCAAUGGCGGUGGCGGCGGCGGCGGUAUGUGUGGAAGCGGGGAGGAGGACUCGGACAGGGCGCUGUACGAGGAGACGGUGCGCGUGGCCGAGAACCCGCUGACCGUCACCGAGGAGGACGCGCAGAAGAAGCGGUACAAGGCCUACAGGAAGUGGCUGAGGGGCAAGAGCCUGUUCAAGCAGCAGCCGGUGGACUAG